AUGGGUCUAGAUUCAGAUUCGAUUCAGGAGAAGAUUUCUGAUUCUGAAGCUUGCACAACCGAAGAGGAACUAGCCGUGAUCAGCGAACUGGUGGAUUUUGUCAAAAGGAUGGGAAACUCUUCGACGUAUAAGGGUCUCAUUGGUGGAGAAAGCCUUCGAAAAAAGGCUCCCCCACUCCCGUCGAGCAGACUUUUCAUUGCCUCGGUUCUGGUCGCAUUAGGAGGACCUUUCAAUUUCGGGUAUCAGCUUCUCAUCACGAAUCCUUCUCAAGAAGCAUUUAUUCAAUUCCUGAACGAUUCACAUCACCAGAAUAAUGACGAAUCAUUGUCACGGGAGCAAUUGGAGGGGCGGUGGUCGUUGAUCAUCUCGGUCUUUUUCUGGGGAUGUUUAGCAGGUGCAUUUCUUAUUCGAGUCCUUGCCGAGAAGUUUGGACGCAAAAGGGCUCUUCAGCAAACUGACGCGUUCGUCUAUUCCGUUGCACGUUUCUUGCUUGGCUUAGGAAUCACUAUCUCCUGUGGCACUGCACCAAUUUUCAUCACUGAAUGCAGUCCGACGGAGUGUCGUGGUGUAACAUCGAUGCUCAAUGGUUUGCUAUUACAAGCAGCUCUUGUUGUUGGUACCAUCCUGGCAAUGCCUCAACUGCUCGGGAAUGGCGAAGAUUGGUGGAAGUUGUACGCCUUGGAAAUGGCCAUCACUACGAUUGUCAUGAUUCUCGUAAGAUUCAUCCACGAAACCCCAGGGUAA